AAAUCUGCAUUUUCCUUUUGCGGGUAAGAAAGAAGAGUCUAAAAACUCUCGGUGAUACGAUACGAUCGGCUCAUGACGAUCGUUGUUUGUUUCAGCUGGGUCAACGGUUUGAUUCCAGUUCACGCCACAUAGACGUCCCUCUCUCUCUCUCUCUGCUAUAUAUCUAAUAAACCCUCCUCUGCUCCUCCCAACAACCCUCCCCUCUGGCCUCUGCCCCCCUCUCUCUCUUUUUUUAAUUGCGACGCUGCAGCUUGACUGCUCCUCCACGACCGUUCGGCUGUAGAGGUAGAGCAGACAGAUCCUGUAGCUUCUGUUGCUGCUUGCCCUCUUUGUGUUUCACUGAAAGAGAAAUUAAGAUGGAGAGGAAAACAGGCAUGCUGAAGCUGCCUCCUGGGUUCAGAUUCCACCCCACUGAUGAAGAGCUGGUGGUGCAGUACCUGAAGAGGAAGGUCUUCUCCUGCCCGUUGCCUUCCUCCGUCAUUCGUGACAUCAAUCUCGCAAAGUUUGACCCCUGGAAUUUACCAGGUGGAUGCGAAGAGGAGAGAUACUUCUUCAAUCUGAAGGAGGCGAAAUACCCGACUGGGAGCCGGUCGAACCGAGCGGCCGGAUCGGGUUACUGGAAGGCCACCGGCAAGGAAAAACCGAUCAAGUCCGCUAGCUUCGGCCAGGUGGUGGGGAUGAAGCAGGUGUUUGUCUUCUUCCGAGGGAAGCCUGCGACCGGCACCAAGACCGACUGGGUCAUGCACGAGUACCGGCUCGCCGGCGCCGAGAGCCCGGCCUGCGUCUUCCCUCAGAGAAAGAACUCAACUCACAGCUGCACGGUGCCGAGCGGAGAUUGGGUGCUCUGUCGCAUUUUUAAGAAGAAAAGAGCCACCGACGUGGAUGCGGACACGGCAGGAGAUGAAACAAUUCCAUGCAAUAUGAUCCAAUUCAUUGAUCUCAUGGGGGAGACAGAUAGAGACGGAAGCCAUCAGCCUUCAACCUGUUUAUCCGAUUCCAGCUGCCUCACGGAGUCCUCAGAUGCAUCCAGCGGCGGAGAGGAGAGCAAUUCUAGGAGAUCACCACUUGCUUAGAGAAAUGAACUGUUGCAUUUCUGUAACGUGUACCAAAUUUACAGCCUCUUUUCUUCUUUUAUAUAUUUUUUUUCUCCCCCUUAAUCUAGGAAUUAAGCCAAAGUCCAAAAAAACAGAUCUUUGAGCGGUUGACUUGAGUAUUUCUAGCUCUCUCCAACGCCUGUACUGCUACCUAUUAUCUAGUUAGUUUCCACAGAGCAGCUGAACUGAUGGCUGAUGUGCAAGUCAGUUGUAUGUUUCAAUCUCAAUGAAAUCCAUCGCGUGUUCUUCCA